CCCCAGUCUCCCGCAUGGACGGGUGGCUGUACAGGCCAAUAACAAGCAUUCCUGGUCCUCUGGUUCAACCACUGAACUUAUUAUUCCUCUCCUCCCGCCCUUUGCGUGCGAAGACCCUCCCUGCCCCGUUGGCCAAUGGUGGGCGCCUCCGGGAACGCCGGCUGUUGAUUGGCGGUACUGGAGGCUUACGGGGAGUGGCGCGCAGUGGCAGUGGCGCGGGAAGUUCUGAGGGUGAGCUCGCUGUAGGAGCUGUGGUCUGGCCGCACUGGAGCCCAUGGAAGACUACGAGGAGCAUCUGUACGGUGUGGAGGAUGACUUCCACAACCAGUUCGCGGCCGAGCUCGAAGUGCUGGCGGAGCUGGAAGGGACACAGGACCUGGCGCCCUCUGGGAACCUCCAGACUCCUGCGAGCCGCCCCCCACUGACGUUUGAAGAGGCCAUCGCUGGUGGGGACACUGCCCUGCGUCCCUGCCCUGUAAGGUCUCCAGGAAAUGACUGCCGCAAUACCAGAAAGAAUGUUCGUAGGGACCAGCCUGAGUCCUCCAGCCCCAUGAUCAAACGGCCCAGGCUGGAGGUGGUGAAGAGGCUGAACUUUGAGCCAAAUAUGGAGGAGCUCCUGUACCCUGAUUCCCCUCCAGGGGACAUCACCCCCCCACCGAGUCCUGAGGUCUUCCCUGAGAUGUGGAAUGUUGGGCCCUCAGAUGCUGAUGCUGAUAAGGGCACAAUGCAGGCUUUGCCAAGUCCCCGCAACCCUGUCCUGAGACGUCCCCCUGUCUUAGAGGAUUACAUCAAUGUGACGUCCACAGGUGGAGAGCGGGCUUUUUUGGUGCUUCGGCCCGACCUCACAGGCACUGGCGUGCAGAACCCUCUUCCGGAUGUCCAGUGGCGAGGCCGUGGCCAGCUGGACCUGCUGGGUGUCCCCUUCACUUCCCUGAAGGAGCAGGUUGACAAUAAGCGACGGCAGCACCUGCUUGAGGCCCAGCAGCUCUCAGACAUGCUACAUAGCCUCGGGUCUGAAAGGGAGGAGGAUCUACUUGAGGGGACCCCUGAGGAGGAGCCAGCCCCUGGCCAGGACACUGCUCAGCACUGCCUCUGGGUGGAUGAGUUUGCUCCCCAGCACUACACGGAACUGCUCAGUGAUGAUUUCACUAACCGCUGCCUCCUCAAGUGGCUGAAGCUAUGGGACCUUGUGGUGUUUGGCCAGGAGAGGCCUGCUCGGAAGGCCAGGCCCAGUGUAGAGCCAUCCCGGGUUGGGAAGGAAGCCACGGCCCCUGGCAAGUGGAAAAGCCAUGAGCAGGUGCUGGAGGAGAUGCUAGAAGCUGAGCUGGACCCCAGUCGGAGACCCCGGCAGAAGGUGGCACUGCUCUGUGGCCCUCCAGGGCUAGGCAAGACCACACUGGCACAUGUGGUUGCCCGGCACGCAGGGUAUUGCGUGGUUGAGAUGAAUGCAAGCGAUGACCGUAGUCCUGAGGCCUUCCGUACACGCAUUGAAGCAGCUACGCAAAUGGAGUCGGUGCUGGGUGCGGGUGGGAGGCCCAACUGCCUGGUUAUUGACGAAAUCGACGGGGCUCCCACGGCCGCCAUCAAUGUUCUCUUGAGUAUCUUGAAUCGCAAGGGUCCACAGGAGGCAGAGCAAGGGGGCCCCACUGUACCUACAGGGGGUCGGCGACGCAGGGCCGAGGGGGGCCUCCUAACAAGGCCCAUCAUCUGCAUCUGCAAUGACCAGUUUACACCUUCCUUGAGGCAGCUGAAGCAGCAGGCUUUCCUGCUCCACGUUCCGCCAACUCUGCCCUCCAGGCUGGUGCAGCGGCUGCAGGAGAUCUCCCUGCAACAUGGCAUGCGGUCUGACCCGGGUGCACUAGCCGCCCUCUGUGAGAAGACUGAAAACGACAUCCGUGCCUGUAUCAAUACCCUCCAGUUUCUGUAUGGGAGGGGCCGGCGGGAGCUGAGCGUGAGGGAUGUGCAGACCACCCACGUUGGCCUGAAGGACCAGCGCAAGGGGCUAUUCUCUGUGUGGCAAGAGGUGUUCCAGUUGCCCAGGGCUCAAAGGCGACUCGUGGGCCAGGACCUGAUCCUACCAACUCAAGCUCUCCUGCUCAGUGACGGGGACAAGGGCUCCCUGACCCUUGCCUCCCAGCGCUUCUACCAUCUCCUCCGUGUGACUACCUCUGCAGGCGAGCAUGAGAAGGUUGUCCAGGGCCUGUUUGACAACUUUCUACGCCUUCGGCUUCGGGACUCCAGCCUAGGCACCGUGUGCUGUGCCCUUGACUGGCUGGCCUUUGAUGACCUGCUGGAGCAGGCUGCCCACCAUGGCCAGAGCUUCCAGCUGCUGCGCUACCUGCCCUUCCUGCCUGCCGCCUUCCACGUGCUCUUUGCCUCCAGCCACGUGCCACGCAUCACUUUCCCCAGCAGCCAGCAGGAGGCCCAGACCCGGAUGAGCCAGACGAAGAACCACAUCCAGACCUUGGUGGCAGGUAUGGCACCAGCCACCCGUAGCAGGGCCACACCUCAGGCUCUUGUUCUGGAUACCCUCUGCCUGCUCCUGGAUGUCCUGGCACCCAAGCUGCGCCCCGUGAGCACACAGCUGUACAGUGCCCGUGAGAAGCAGCAGUUGUCCAGCCUUGUGGGUACCAUGCUUGCCUACAGUCUCACCUACCACCAGGAGCGCACACCUGAUGGGCAGUACUUCUACAGGCUGGAGCCGAAUGUGGAAGAGGUCUGCCGCUUCCCUGAGCUGCCUGCCCGCAAGCCCCUCACCUACCAGGCUAAGCAGCUUAUUGCCCGGGAGAUUGAAAUGGAGAAGAUGCGGCGCGCAGAGGCUUUGGUCUGGGCUGGAGGCCGCCCUCAGGUGGACGAGGGUCCCUCAGGGCCUGCAUGUCUGCAGACGGACCGUGGGGAGAAAGGGGUGAGGCAGCCUGCCCCACGUAACCAUGAGCAACGGCUAGAACACAUCAUGAAGAAAGCAGUCGUGCAGGAGCAGCCCGAGAGGGACUUCUUUGGACGUGUGGUCAUCAGGAGAGUGGCAGUCCCACGCAGAGAGGCGGAGGCCCCAGAGAAGGACACAGAUGAUUGGCGCAUGGGUGUGGCAGUGGGCAGGAGUGAGGUGUGGUUCCGGUUCAACGAGGGUGUCUCCAAUGCUGUGCGGCGCAGCCUGUACAUCAGGGACCUUCUGUAGCCCCACUGCCCCAGGACAUCAGAUCACACUGACUCCCACAGGGAAUGUACAAAAGCCAAGACACCUGGAGACGUCUGUUUAUAAAGUCACGCCUUACACAGA